AUGUCGACUGCCCACCGGGCAAAGAUCAAGCACAAGGCGCGAGAGACGAAGAAAAAGCGCAAAAAGGAAGCCAAAAAGAAUCCACAUCUAAAAAAGAAGAAGAAAAAGGAUCCGGGCAUUCCCAAUAGUUUCCCGUUCAAGGAGCAGAUCCUUGCAGAAGUAGCAGAGACGAGGAGACUAGCCCUCGAAGAGAAGCGAAGAAAAGAGGCCAAGGUGGACAUUGAAGGAAACGGCCACAUUCUAGAGAUUCAAAAGGAGCCAGUGGCGGUACAAGCUCGCCCCAGCAAGAUGGACGUAGACGACGACGCUCCAAUACUCAUCGACACAUCGAUUCCGACAACAGCUGCAGCGCUAGACGCAGCAAAUGUGAUCCUAUAUCUACUAGAUGCGCGAGAUCCAUGGUCAUUCAGGAGCAUAUACGUCGAAGAAGCGACGACGAAACCUAUUCUAUUCGUUUUGACCAAGACGGAUCUUGCUCCCCGAGAAUCUGUCAAUGAUUGGAUCAUACAGCUCCGGAAACGCCGCCCGACCUUUAUCUUCCGCGCAACACCGUCGUUGUGCUUUAAGAAUACGCCACAGAGCGGGUCGAACACAAAGUCACAGUCGGAAGAUGCAGGUUGUAUAGGAAGGGAGGCAAUUCUUGAAGCAUUACACACAAUUGCGCAGAGUCAGAAGGAAGCAGACCUCUCUGUAGCCGUCAUCGGUGUUACCAAUGUCGGAAAAUCUGCUUUUAUUAACUCGCUCCUCGGGACAUCAACCCUUGCAGUGUACAACCCACUCGGGCCCAAAGCCACUGCUGCACCAUCAACCACUCCGUACCCGCAAUCCGUCUCACUUCAGCACAAAAAACGUCAAUUCACAUUUAUUGACACCCCUGGUUUAACCUUCAUACCUCCACCCUCUGCAACAUCUACUCCUGAAGAGACAGAGGAACGGAUUGCACGAGAUGUCCUACUGCGCAACAGGGGGAACAUUUCCAAGAUUAAAGAUCCACUUCCUCUGGCGCUAUACAUCCUCUCUCGUGCGAGUAUGGAGGACUUGAUCCUCCUAUAUAAUCUGCCUGCGGUUACUAUAGGUGACUUUGAUGCCUUUUUGGCCAGUCUGGCUAGGAAAGAGGGCGCCCUGCAGAAGAGAGGUGCGAUUGUAGAUUUUACUGGUGCGGCAAGAGCGCUCGUGCGCGAUUGGAAGACUGGACGACUGGCGUUUUACACCUUUUCCUCCCCUCAACAACUUGCGGAUGACCCUAAAACAUCGUCACCCCCGUCUACCCCGGACUUGUCGUCGGUGUACACGAAGUGGGAUGAAAAGUACCUGGCCCGACUGUCAUGGAGAAAGGACUUGAGAAAAGAAGCGAACAUUUCGCUGGUACGGCUCAAGGAUGACGAACUAGACCGACGAAAGGUCGAUUUAGAAGCAGUCUUAUUGCCCUCUGAUGACGAGAUGGACUCUCAGGAUGGAGGAUCACCCGAAGAGGAUGAAGACGAUUCCGAGGAAGACGGCGAAGAGGAAUCCGAGGACGAAGAAGGAUUCUCUCAGGAAGAUGAAAACGAUUCAGAGGGUGGUGAAGAGGUGGACGCAAUGGGUGCUAGCGACGAAGAAGAAGAGGGGAGCGACGAGGAGUCAGAACCCAUCCUCAGCGGCAAACAAAAGCGGGCUGCGCAAAAGGCGACAAAACUGGAGACCUCCAAGCAAACUUUGAAAGCCCAAAAGUCGAAAAAGGCCGUGUCGUUUGUGCCGUAUACCAAGGCUGGGGCCAAGGUCAAGCCGCAGCCCAAACCCGCCUCUACCGCACAACCAAAACCGAGCGCAGCGCUGCCUCGAGAGAAGAAGAAGACUGCAAGCUCACACGUCCCCACUUCAACGAGGGUCGCAAAUGUCGCCAGCAAGGCGUCAAAGGCCGCUGAAGCAGCGGGAGACGACGCAUACGACUUUUCCAAGUAUUUUUAG